AUGUUUGGAACACACCGAGCAUGGGGUGAGCAGGAUUGUUACCGUGAGAAAGAUUUAGUUAAGGAAAGAUGCAUGGAAACCAUCAAAAUUGGAGCCCCUUAUGUUCCACCAAUUGAAUCAUGCCGUCAUACUGUGGGACAAUCUGACAUGACUUGUAUAUGCCGUAUCCUCACCAUUGAAGAGUUGCUAAUAAUGUCUCAGCUUGAGGAGGACAUUGACCAAGAGAUCAGUAAUUGGGUUGAGAGCCAUGGGAAUGAAGAGGAUUUUGCUGGUGGAGAUGGUGGUGCUGCUGGGAAGGAGGUCAUCAAUGUAGAUGUUGAGGAGGAGAAGCCGAGGAAACAGAUACCAGCUAGAUCCAACAUGUGGCAACACUUCGCCAAGAUCAAGGUUGAUGGUGUGGUGGUCAAGGGAAAAUGCAAUUAUUGCAACACUAAAAUCAUGGCACAUCCAGUUCAUAAUGGUACGUCUGGCAUGCGUAAACAUUUUAACACUUGCAAGAGUAAUCCUCAUAGGGCUAGUGAUGAUGAAAAGCAAGGUGUUUUGCAAGUAAAUCAAGGCAAUGGUGUAGGCACUUGGAAGUUUGACCCUGAAUUGCUUAGGUCUGCCUUUGCUGAAAUGAUCAUAGAAGAUGAGGAACCUUUUGCAAAAGUGAAAGAUGGUUUUAAAGAAGUAGACAAUUCUAUCAAACGUGUGCAGGCUGUUGUUAGAUUUAUCAAGAAUGGUACAUCAAGAUUGGUCAAAUUUAGAGAGUGUACUGAAUUGGAGAAAGUGGACAGCAAGGCAUUCUUGAGCCUUGAUGUGUGCACUCGGUGGAACUCCACACAUGACAUGCUAGCUGCUGCUUGCACAUACGAAAAGGUGUUCACAAGGUAUGCAGAUGAAGAUCCAUACUAUCAUAUUGAAUUGCUAAGUGAUAUUAAGCCAGGUGUUCCGGGUCCGGGAGUUCCUGAAGAGAAUGAUUGGGAUAAUGCAAGGAAGCUCAUAGAGUUUCUGGGGCAUUUUGCUGAUAUAAGGAGACAUGUUUCAGCGUCAUUAAGUGUGAAUGCUCACACUUACUUCCAUGAGAUUGGAGAGGUCAAUGUUUUGGUGAACGAUUGGAUGAGCAGUGGUGAUUCUGUCCAAGUAGCAAUGGGAAAAAGAAUGAAAGACAAGUAUGACAAGUAUUGGGGGCAGUGGCAUGAGAAUUUGGAAGUACAAAAUGAGAAGGGGAAAGGGAAGGAGAAAGAAAAGGAAAACAUUAACUUGCUGAUUUUUGUUGUUGUUGUGCUUGAUCCUAGGUACAAGCUUUCAGAGUAUACAGAACUUGCAAUAGAGGAGAUGUAUGGUGUGGGUGUUGGACAGAAAGUUUGGGCCGCAGUAACAAAAUGCUUGCGUGACCUUUUUGAAGAAUAUAGGGACACUAAUUCUCAGGCAAGUGAUGUGAACCAGCAAUCAAGUGAUUCACCCCAAAGUACACAAGGUGGAGACUGUGCUAGAAAGAUGAAGACUAGAGUUGCAAAGAGGACGAGGCUAACUAAUGGAUCAAGCAGUUGCAGCAGAGGCAAAAUUAUUCAAGAGUUCAAGGACAAAGCCAUUUUGGAUGGCCAUGCUGCAAUGUCGCAAAUUCAAGGCAGCAAAAACAAGAUGGUCACCUCCACCAACAUCAGUUCACAGCCAAGCAAAUCCUCACAAGCAAGCAAAAACAAGAGCACAGACAAGUCCUCCUAG